AUUCAUCACUUCUUUCUCCAACAAAACAAAAGAGUGUUAUAAACUUAAAAGCAGUAGAAGAAAAUGGCUUCCAAAGCUUUGAUUCUUUUGGGUCUCUUUGCAUUACUUCUCGUCGUCUCAGAAGUUGCCGCAGAAAGGCAAUCAUCGGGGGUGAAGUCAGAGAGUGAGGAAACUGUGAAACCUGAUGGAUAUGGUGGUGGCCGCGGCGGACACUACGGAGGAGGAAGAGGAGGACACUACGGAGGAGGAGGACACUACGGAGGAGGAGGAGGAGGAGGACACUACGGAGGAGGAGGGGGACACUACGGAGGAGGAGGGGGAGGAUACAAAGGAGGAAGAGGAGGACGCGGUGGACACGGAGGAAGAGGAGGGCACGGAGUAGAAGCAGUUGAGACUCAGCCUGGUAACUAAAAACUUCAUAUUAUAUUAACCACCAUGCAUGGCUACAUCUAUAUAAUACAGUUAUACGUGUGUAUGACUAUAAGUGAACCAUGGUGAGUUUGUAAUGAAGUAACUCAAGAAAAAGAAUCUAUGGGAAUAAAGUUUCAUAAUGUAAUGUCUCAGUGUUCGAGUUGUAAUGUCUGCUCUUUGCAUAAUAAUAUCGUUUGUUGUUUAUGUUGUCUCUGUAUUAUAUUCUCUUUGGUUUUGUGUAGUGCGAUUUCAUUGUUCGUA